GAUAAUGUCGGGGAGUAUCUCCAGAACUCCUUCAAAACUUUCAGAAAUGUUUUUCUCAUUUGCUGAUACAAGCUUUGAAAAAGUUUAUGCGAAACUCCAGAAAGAUAUAAAGCUUGUCGAAAGUCUGAGUAAUGAAUCGGAGUCUGCUUGUAAUUUCCAACAUCGCUCACCAAUCAAGCAAAGAUUUAAGUUCACGCCAUUUACUUAUGCUAGUGGCGAAAGGUUAAUAUACGUGAAUCCCAAUGAGAAAACAAUGCGAGUUGGCUCAGUUGAAAUCAAUGAUAAUGACAUAUCCAGAGAAGAUGCUCCUGCUCAAACAAGAACUUUGCAUCACUGGAGCCAUGUUUCCGAACACCCUCUCGAGAAAGACGAGUCAUUUUUUGAUUUCCCUGAUGAAGCAGUGACAUCUGAAGAGAUCAUAUCUUAUGAAGACGAUCCUCAUAAUAUUAACAGUUAUAAACACCUUCUAUCUUAUGAAUCAGAUAGUGCUCUGGACGAAGUAGAUGAAGAGGAAUAUGACGAUCGCUUUGAAGGCGAAGAAGCGUCUGAUAUUGAAAAUGCAGUUCUGGAAAGUUCUUUCUCUGUUGAUCCACAUUUUUAUCACGCCUACUUUGCUAGGACGAAGCCAAAGAUCUGCGAUGAAACAGAGCUACAAAAAGUGCAAGAUGAAAAUAUUUUCCAACGCCUGGGAGCAGGUUUUAAACCUCCGUUACGAAUGCCUGAUAGUUGCCACCCGCAGACUCCAAAAACACAAGUUUUACCAAACAGUAAUCGGUUAGCUGCAAUAAAUACACCAAUGGAGGGAUGCAGUUUGUCAGACAGCGAAAGUGCCAAUUGUGAUAGAGCUCUAGACUUGGAAGACGGAAUCGAAAAUAUGAUCAAAAUGGCAUCUAGUCAGACGACAGAUAGUCCUAAGAAGUCAAAAAACAGUAAGCCUAAGUUUGAUGUGUACAAACACAUCAGAGCAGACGGCGACAGUUUAAUUGAGAGUAAUCAGAAUGUGCAUCAUUGUGGUAUUUGUGGGAAUUAUGCAGCGUUGACGAAAGAGACAUUAGAAAAGCAUUGGAGAACUCAUUACAAAGAGAGGCCACAUAAGUGUCCUCGUUGCGAGAAGGCCUUCAGCUCGGUCUACUUACUGAACAGUCAUCUUAACACGCACGCAGACAUCAAAGACUUCUUCUGUUCUCUGUGUAGUCUGAGUUUCGCAUCUAAGUCUGAGCUGUCCCGACAUAAGAGGUACAAACACACCGAAGACAAACCCUACAAGUGCACCGAAUGUGACUAUGCCUCAGUGGAGUCUACGAAGUUGAAGCGACACAUGAGAACUCAUACUGGUGAGAGGCCGUUCAAGUGUCACUUGUGCUCCUACUGCUGCACAGACAACUUCAAGCUGAAGAGACAUGUGAAGACGCACACGGGGGAGAAGCCGUUCUCCUGUCCCCUCUGCAUGUUCAAGUUCAGCCAACACGCAUCACUCAAGCAACACCUGCUAGGACAUACGGGAAACAAACCAAAGUACCAAUGUGAGUACUGCAGUGUGACGUGUUCUCGCAACAGUGACUUGAAACAGCACGUGAUGAAGCUGCACACGAGUAACAAGCCCCAGAGAUGCAGACUGUGUGGGGCCUCAUUCCCCGACAGACACAAUCUGAAGCAGCACAUGAGGAGACACAGGGGGGAGAAGUUGUUGCAGUGCGAAGAGUGUCACUACAAGACUAACAGCCACAGACAUCUCCAGGAACACAACAGGAUACACACUGGUGAGAAGCCAUUCAUCUGUUCUCAUUGCGGUCAGCAGUUCCGACUUAAGCAGGGCCUACGUGCCCACUCGAACCGAGUUCACCCCGAGUUGAAAUGGACACGACUCUCAGAAGAAGCGGACAAAGUUGAAACCAAUUAUCAGACGGAAGAAAAUGUGGCAGUAUUUGUGUGCUCGCUAUGUCAACAACAAACAGGUACUAAAAAUACAAUGCGUCAGCAUCUCAGAACUGUACAUGAAAUGACGGUGGAAGAAAUUGAAAUCGCGUUGCCGACUUGUGUACAGGUCCAGGAAGGCCAAAACGACCAAAUGUCACAAGAUCAUUUGUCAACGAAUGGAAAUGAGAAGAACUCUGAUUCAACUAUAAUGGUCACGUGUACACCUGAUCGAGUCUCCGCUUCGGUAGUAAGAAGUAAUGAAAACAACGCAGAAACUAUUCCAGUAUCGAGUGAUUCUUUUAUAGAAGCUAUUUUUAUUCUCUCAAGAGACGAGAGUGAAAGACUCAGUGUAAUGGUAGAGCCAGAAAUUCUGUGCAAUCAAACGCUUCUUCAGUCUUUGCAGUCGGCACUGGAACAAAAUGUCAUCAUGAAAGAAAUUGCGUCUUUAAAUUACAAAAGAUUGCAUUCUGCAGAUGAUGAUUUGAAAUUACCAAAAGAAUUGACAGAAAAUGAGGAGCAGUUUGCGGUAACAGGACAAGAAACACUUAAUACCACUGAAAAUGGAAAUAAUAGCGAAAACUUAACAGUAGAAAAAGUGCCUGAAUUUUCAACUAUUGAUACCUCGGUGCUUCAAUAAUUAAAUUAAUUUGUAAGUUAAAUUUUUGUUCUAUCUUGGAGUUUCUUUUAACAUCUCUGGUUCUAUUAUCCUUGCUCUUAAUAAAAAAAUUGUGCAAUUUAGACAGUAUAAGUUAGUAUUUAAUCGAUUAUACACGACUCAAUUCAAUAUUUAAAUUUA